AUGAAAAAUAUAAGAAAUGAUGUGGUCGACAAUAAGAUUCAUGGUAUCAAAGUGGCACAUAAGUCUCCUAUCAUUUCUCAUCUUUUCUUUGCAGGCGACAGUCUUCUUUUUGCUAGAGCUAGUGAGGGGGAAGGUUGCCGAAUUCACCAUAUUCUCAAGCUUUAUCAAGAUGCCUCAGGUCGGGUGGUGAAUGCCUACAAAUAUGGGGUUUCCUUUAGUGGUAAUGUGGGGGAGGCUACUACGGGUAGAAUCAAGGCCAAGUUGGGUUUUCGUGGGGUAAAUAAUCAUUCACGUUAUUUGGGGCUUCCGAUUGUUUUUGGAAGGUCUAAGAAGGAAGUGUUCAAACUUGUUGUUGAGAGGGUUUGGAAGAAGGUUAAGGGGUGGAAGGAGAAUUUUCUUUCUAAGGCUGGUAAAGAAGUUUUGAUCAAAGCAGUUGCGCAAGCAAUCCCAGCGUAUAUCAUGAGUUACUACCGAAUCUCGAAGAGUUCUUGUAAAGAAAUCGAAUAUAUGAUCAUUAAGUUUUGGUGGGGAUCUAAAUAA